ACCCGCGGGCGUCGCCUCCGGGCCCGGUCCUCGGCCCGGCGGGAGGGGCGCGGCCUGGUCACGUGACGCCGCCCCGCCCGGCCUGGUCACGUGGGUGGCGCGGCCGCUGCGUCAGUCAGAGCCGGAGCUGCGGGAGUCGAGUCGUCGCCGCCGCCGCCAGCGGACGGGGCGGGAGCUGGGUGCCCCGUCGUCGUCAGCCCGCCCCCCGCCGCCUGAGGCAGCCGUCGCGGGCUGGGCCCGGCCGUCAUGCAGCGGGGCGGGACCUCCGCCGCUGCCCUGUGAGUGCGCCGCCGAUCCCGGGCCUCGGAACCGCCGCCCCCGGCCUCCCGCCCUUGGCAGCCGGUCGCCGCAGCGGGCGGCCGGAUGCGCGUUCCGUGAAGGCAGGCCCGCUCCUCCUCCUCCUCCUCCGCCGCCGCCGCCGCCGCCGCCGGGAGAUGGUUUGGGCCUAGCGGAGCCGGGACUGGAGGUUCUUUCUUUGUAGUUCAGGCUGGCCUUGAACUCAACUGUCUAGUCCAGGCUGGCCUCGAAUUUGAAGUGAUCUUCUGCUUCAGUCUCCCAAGUGCUGGGAUUACAGCAACAUGAAUCUUGAAGACCGGAAUGUGCUGCGUAUGAAAGAAAGGGAAAGGCGGAAUCAGGAAAUUCAGCAGGGUGAAGACGCCUUCCCACCGAGCUCUCCUCUGUUUGCUGAGCCAUACAAAGUUACCAGCAAAGAAGAUAAGUUAUCAAGUCGUAUUCAGAGUAUGCUUGGAAACUACGAAGAAGUGAAGGAUUUCAUAGGAGACAGAGCGAUACCAAAGCUUGUUGCAAUUCCCAAGCCUACGAUACCAACAACAGAUGAUGAAAAAUCAAAGCCAAAUUUCUUUGAACAGAGACAUGGAAGCUCUCAUCAGAGCAGCAAGUGGACCCCUGUAGGACCUGCACCAGGCACUUCUCAGUCUCAGAAGCGGUCCUCAGGCUUACAGAGUGGGCAUAGUAGCCAGAGGACCAGUGCAAGUAGUAGCAGUAGCACUAACAGCACCAGUCAGAGGCAUGAUCGUGACUCAUAUGGUGGCAGCCGGAAAAAAGGCCAACAUGGAUCAGAACACUCCAAAUCACGAUCUUCUAGCCCUGGAAAACCCCAGGCUGUUUCUUCAUUAAGCUCUAGUCAUUCCAGAUCUCAUGGGAAUGAUCAUCAUGGCAAGGAACAUCAACGCUCCAAAUCACCUCGAGACCCUGAUGCCAAUUGGGAUUCUCCUUCCCGUGUACCUUUCUCAAGUGGGCAACACUCAAAUCAGUCUUUCCCACCUUCGUUGAUAUCAAAAUCCAGUUCAAUGUUGCAGAAACCCACUGCCUAUGUACGGCCCAUGGACGGACAGGAAUCUGUGGAACCAAAGCUGUCCUCUGAGCAUUACAGCAGCCAGUCUCAUGGCAACAGCAUGACUGAGCUGAAGCCCAGCAGCAAAGCACAUCUUACCAAAUUGAAAAUACCUUCCCAGCCAUUGGAUGCAUCAGCUUCUGGUGAUGUGAGCUGUGUGGAUGAAAUUCUUAAAGAGAUGACGCACUCAUGGCCUCCCCCUCUAACGGCUAUUCAUACACCUUGCAAAACAGAACCUUCCAAAUUUCCUUUUCCAACUAAGGAGUCUCAGCAGUCCAAUUUUGGCCCUGGGGAACAAAAAAGAUACAAUCCUGCUAAAACUUCAAAUGGCCACCAGUCUAAAUCUAUGUUAAAAGAUGACUUAAAACUAAGCAGCAGUGAAGACAGUGAUGGGGAACAGGAUUGUGAUAAAACGAUGCCAAGAAGUACACCAGGAAGCAACUCUGAACCUUCACAUCAUAAUAGUGAAGGAGCAGAUAAUUCCAGAGAUGAUUCUAGCAGCCACAGUGGAUCCGAAAGCAGCUCUGGAUCUGACUCAGAAAGUGAAAGUAGCUCCAGUGACAGUGAGGCCAAUGAGCCGUCCCAGAGUGCCUCUCCCGAGCCUGAACCACCACCAACAAAUAAAUGGCAACUUGAUAAUUGGUUGAAUAAAGUAAACCCACAUAAAGUUUCACCAGCUUCUUCUGUAGAUAGUAACAUUCCAUCAUCUCAAGGCUACAAAAAAGAAAGCCGUGAGCAGGUUACUGGGAAUAGCUACUCUGAUCCAGGUGGGCCUAAAGAAACAAGUUCUACUACUCCUGGAAGAGACUCGAAAACCAUCCAAAAGGGAUCAGAAAGUGGGCGUGGGAGGCAGAAGUCUCCUGCACAGAGUGAUAGCACAACACAAAGGAGAACUGUAGGCAAAAAACAACCCAAAAAAGCUGAGAAGGCAGCCGCCGAGGAGCCUCGGGGAGGCCUGAAGAUAGAGAGUGAAACCCCCGUAGACAUGGCUACUAGUAUGCCCUCCAGCAGACACAAAGCAGCCACCAAAGGCUCAAGGAAACCCAAUAUAAAAAAGGAGUCCAAAUCUUCCCCUCGACCUACAGCAGAGAAAAAGAAAUACAAGUCAACGAGUAAAUCUUCCCAGAAAUCAAGGGAAAUCAUAGAAACAGAUACCUCGUCCUCAGAUUCAGAUGAAAGUGAAAGCCUGCCUCCUUCCUCGCAAACUCCUAAGUACCCUGACAGCAGCAGGACUCCCGUGAAACCCUCCUCCGUGGAGGAAGAAGACAGCUUUUUCCGGCAACGAAUGUUCUCUCCUAUGGAAGAGAAGGAACUCCUUUCACCUCUCAGUGAGCCUGAUGAGAGGUAUCCACUUAUUGUGAAGAUUGACCUGAAUCUUUUGACCAGAAUACCCGGAAAGCCUUAUAAAGAGACAGAACCACCCAAGGGGGAAAAGAAAACUGUGCUGGAAAAGCACCCGAGAGAAGCUCAGAAGCAAGCCUCAGAGAAAAUUUCCAAUAAAGGAAAGAGGAAACAUAAGAAUGAGGAUGAUAAUCGAGCUAGUGAGAGCAAAAAACCCAAAACAGAGGAGAAGAACUCAUCAGGCCACAAGCCAUCCAGCAACAGAGAGUCAUCCAAACAGAGUGCUGCAAAAGAAAAGGAAUUGUUGCCUUCACCUGCUGGGCCUGUACCUUCAAAAGAUCCAAAAACAGAGCAUGGCUCUCGGAAGAGGACUAUCAGCCAAUCAUCUUCCUUAAAAUCAAGCAAUAAUAGCAACAAAGAGAAUAGUGGCAGCAGCAAAAACAGUUCCUCCACGUCAAAGCAGAAAAAGACUGAAGGGAAAAUUUCCAGUAGCUCCAAGGAGGUUAAGGAAAAGGCUGCAAAUAUCUCCUCUAAUUGUCCUCUAUCAACACCGAUUCCUGAUGCUUCUAAGCCUCGGAGAACAAAGCUUGCCUUUGAUGACAGAAAUUACUCAGCAGAUCAUUAUUUACAAGAAGCAAAAAAGCUAAAGCACAAUGCGGAUGCAUUGUCUGAUAGGUUUGAGAAAGCGGUAUACUACCUUGAUGCUGUGGUGUCCUUUAUUGAAUGUGGGAAUGCAUUAGAGAAGAAUGCUCAGGAAUCCAAAUCCCCAUUCCCUAUGUAUUCAGACACAGUGGAGCUCAUCAAGUACACUAUGAAGCUAAAGAAUUACUUGGCACCAGAUGCUACAGCUGCAGAUAAAAGACUUACAGUACUUUGCCUGAGAUGCCAGUCUCUGCUGUACCUGAGGCUGUUCAAACUGAAGAAGGAAAAUGCUCUCAAGUACUCAAAGACACUGACAGAGCACCUGAAGAAUUCUUAUAAUAAUUCUCAAGCACCAUCCCCCGGCUUAGGAAGCAAAGCUGUUGGGAUGCCUUCACCUGUAUCUCCAAAGCUGUCACCAGGCAAUUCAGGAAAUUAUUCUUCUGGGGGCAGUAGUUCAGCAAGUGGUUCUUCAGUGACCAUUCCACAGAAAAUCCACCAGAUGGCAGCCAGCUAUGUUCAGGUUACAUCCAACUUUCUCUAUGCCACUGAAAUUUGGGACCAAGCGGAGCAGCUUUCCAAAGAACAAAAAGAAUUCUUUGCUGAACUGGAUAAAGUAAUGGGCCCACUCAUCUUUAACGCAAGCAUCAUGACAGAUCUAGCUCGUUAUACCCGGCAGGGACUGCACUGGCUUCGCCAAGACGCCAAGUUGGUGUCUUGAACUGAACACAUUCUCGUUGCCUCUGAUUUUCUCCACAACACUGUGUCACAUCACAAAGGAAAACUGCCAUAACAUGUCACCCAGUCAACACUACGAAUGAGGAAUGAUUUUCUCCUCCUUGGUUCAUGUGUUGUUGUGUCUAACCCAAAGCCAUCGUAUCACUGGACCCCCUCGGUACUCCCAAUGUGAAAAAUUAUUUAAAUGCUAAAUGUUAAAUGUUAUUUAAAUGUUAAAUCUGCAGCACAUUGAUAAGAUGGUUUUAAUGAUCUGUAAUAUGAUUGAAUUCCAGUUGCAAUUUGUAACUAACCAAGUAAAAUUCUAUUUAUUUUGAAUUUUUUUUUUUUUUUUUUAGGUUCCCAAAUUGAGGCUUGUUUAAAACUUAGUUAUUUCUACUUAGGAAUUUACUCUGUUGAAUAUUUAGCGUAAACAUAAUGUAGGCAUUUUUAUUUAUAUAUUUUGGGAGCUUCGUUACCUUUUUUUUUCUUGUGGUAGCUCUUCUGUGAGUAAAAUAGGGACAUGUUCUUCCUAGCUCUACUACCUGAUAUUAUUUCAAAUCUGAGCUACAAGUUUAUUAUUGUAAAAUUUAUGCUUAGUACUAAGCAUUCUUCUACACAUAAGAAAUCAUUUAAAUAUGAGAAGAGGACAUUUAAGAUGGAUGUAAAAAAACAAAAAAUUUCUGAUUUGGUAUUUCAAAAGCUGUGAAUGUGUGUUAACACUAUAGCAAUCACAAGGUGACUGUAACUUGCAUGUAAUGCAUUACAAAGGAGAGCAGGCAGACAUUCUAGGAGACGCUUAUCAUUUUGAAGGGUUUCAUAAAAGGACAAUCUUAAGUUUCAUGGAUUUUAUUAAAACUCUUCUUGUUGCUAAUCAUUUGACACUUAAUUGAAGGAGAAUAAGUUACCCUUGCAAAAAGGAUGAUUUAUCUCUUGAGGGUUCCUGCCUACAUCUCUUUAAUUGAUAAUGUCCAAAGGUUAAAACCUCUUGGGAGAAUUCCCCCACACUUGCUUGUGAUGCUCUGGUAUGAGCAUGUAGUGACUGAUACUGUUGGUGUGUGUGGUUUUGCUAUACAACUUAUAUACAGUGCUAAUGCCUGAUGUAGCGAUGAUGAGUUUAUCCAUUUUAAAGGCCUCCCAUUAGUGGUGUAUGUUUCUGUAGGAUCAGAAAAUUUACACAGCAAAGUACUGACUUGGUUCAGUGUGUGCUCCUGGAAAGGGGGAGGAGAGCAAUCAUAGAGCUUAAGAAGCCAGCUUCCUGAGCAUUGUAUGUCAAAGUACCCUUCCCUGCAAGGUGCAUAAAGGAGUCAGGGGUGAGGAACGCACCUGCUGUGCUUUGUGUCGCGUAUCAUGUCUGGUGUGCCUUAAAUCUUACCUUUAAAUGAAGAGUCUGUGGAUUGUUUACAGAUCAAAUUAACACUAGGACUAGAUUGUCCAUACAUGGUUGUCCUUUACAUGAAUAAUGAAUUCUCUUUCACUUUAAACCUCCCUUUAGGGUCACAUAAGGAUUAAUCAGUUUUUAAAAGUUAAUGCUUUUAAAAAGUUAGACAUGACUUAGUCUAAUUGGGUAAUGCUGCUUCAAAAGAAAUAGUUUGUCUUAUUCUAAAACUGAAUCUAUCCAGUUAGGAAAAACGAUUGCCCUACUAUUUGUAGACAAUUGCUGAGGCUUGAAACCGGAAAAGGGAAAGAAGGAACAGAUCUCCAAGUGUAGUGGUGUGGCGAGGCCUCUGCUCGAGUCUCCGCCACACUUCACCUCGGAAGCCCGGGAACUCUGAGUGUCCUGUGGCUUCAUGUCUAUAGAGCUCUACUGGUUUUGGCCUUCAAAUUAUGGAGAAUUUAACCUUUUUCUCUUUGAGAAAUUGCCUCAGAGUCCUAUUAAUUUAAUCUUAGCGUGUUCUAGGAACAGUUUCCCUUAAGAGGACAAUUCCUCAGCAAUUGUGAUGGUUCUCUAGUAGAAAGAAUGGUUAAUCAAGUGAUAUGUAUGUCCUGUCCCUCUGAUUGCUUGAUCUGCAGCUGAAAAACAGCCAGCAGGGUACCUCCAGUGCAUUCUGGUGUCAGUGUGUCCAUAAAGGGAGCAGGAGCAUUUCUGGGGUUACACUGAUUUUUUCUUAAAGCAGAGUUUCCUAUGUGUCUUAUGGUGCUGCUCUAAAACAUUGCCUCUUUAAAAUCGUGUUAAUUUUUAUAGAGUGAAUUUUUGAAGCUUUUCAUUGUGGAGAGCUUUUCCUACCAGGUGGUGAUGGGGAAUGGAUCAAAAUCCAAUCCUAAAUGAUUGAAUUUUCAGAAACACCAUGAUCUGUGUAACUGCCACUCCCUCCCCGUCUUCUGGAACACUCUGUGUCAUCUGCUCCAGCACACACUGUGAACUCCUGUACAGGUGGUCAGUCUUCCCUCCUCAGUAGGCGUCAUCAGUAUUUUGUAACAUUUAAAACUAAAUUUGACAAGUGGCUAAAAUGUAGUCUGAGACUUGUACUUAAUAUAGGUAAUUGUGGAAAUAGCAACUGUUUUUAAAAAAAUCACUCACCCGACUGCUCUUUUAAGACCAUCCUUGUACUCCAGGCGGCAGCAGCCUUCCCGUUGGACUCUUUCCAGGCGCCCGCACAGCGGUUGCGGCACCUGAAGCUGUCAGAGUAGUCUUGCCCAGGCAUGGCUGGCUGUGGGGAGCGCUUCCCUCCAGUGGUUCAGGCUUCCACACUCUGGCCCAGCUCCUCUCCGGCUGGACAGUGUUCAGCCCUUUCCCUGCCUCAGUGCCACCUUUUCUGGGCAAGGAACCAAGAAGUAAACUUUAUAAGCAUUGAACACUUCAGAUAAAUUUACAACUAUAGCUGCUGAAGAGCAGAGAAGACUGAGCACCUCUGGUCUUAAUUCUGCAAUAUAAAAGCAGUUUAAAGUAGUGUGUGCGCGUGCCUACAUAUGCCUGUGUUUCUGGGGAGCUCUUGGCCUGGGUCUGCAUAGGCAUCUGGGCUGCACUUUGAAUGAUACACUUGUGCUUUAGUAGAUUCACUGUUUUUAAACUGUUUGUUUCUUUUCAUGAAAGGUUUUAAUCAACUAGGUCAGGCAGCAUCAUUUUGUAUUUAACAGCAGAAACUUUGGAACAUUAACUUUUAAUGAAUGCACUUGCAUGGUGAAGCAAGAGCCUACAAAGGCACCUAUUACAAAUGAAAGUGCUGGGUUUGGAAGCCAGUACUUGUUGGAGUUUCAGAGCAGUCAGUGAUUGUUUGAGUCAGCGAUGCAUAGCUGUGGAGAGGAAGGGUUCUCUGUGCACUCUUCCAGGUAGGAGGGUAUGCAACUUUGGAUCUUAAACUUCUGUACACAUACACACUUUAUAUAUAUGUAUGUAUGUAUGUAUGAAAUUAGUUUGUCAAAAUGUGUGUUUAGUAUUUUAGCUUAGUGCAACUAUUUCCACAUUAUUUAUUAAAUUGAUCUAAGACACUUUCUUGUUGACACCUUGAAUAAUAAUGUUCAAGGGUGCAAUGUGUAUUCCUUUAGAUUGUUAAAGCUUAAUUACUAUGAUUUGUAGUAAAUUAACUUUUAAAAUAUAUUUGAGCCCUUCUGUAGUGUAAUAGGGCUCUUACAGGGUGGGAAAGAUUUUAAUUUUCUGGUAGCUAAUUGAACAAAAUGGCUUCAUUUUGUCUCUUGAUUUAUAGGAGUUUGCAUCUGGGUCCUAGGAACAUCUUCUGGGGAUGACUGCUUCAGGCAGAUUGUGAUGAUGCUUUUAAAAAGAAAGAACAACAGCAAAACCUAAGUAACUGAGGGAGCUGGAGCGCUUCAAAAUCCACAUACACUCCUGUGACGCAUGUUUCCCAGGUUACGUGGAACCUGUAUUUCAUUUUAGCUUGGUGUAUCAGUGUGGUAGAGAGACAGACUUUUUUCCAUUAACAAUAUUGCACACCAAAGGUUGCUAUUCAGAAAAAUCAGUAAAGAAAUAACCAUCAAAUGACGUGGAAUAUGCAGGGACAAGAUGCUAAAUUAAUCACGUUGGUGAGCAUACCUUUCACCCACUCACUACUGGAGAAGUGCAGUUCAGAUUUCUGGGCUCCAAAACCAGGCUAGCAAAUGACAGGAAAUAAGUUGUAAAAUUAGGUAAAGGGAUGUUGGAUCCCGGGAUUAAUUAAAAAGAGCUGCCUUCAGGAAAGGGAAAGGAAUAAGUAAAUCCCCAUUUAAAUGGAAUCUGGUCACCUGAUAAAGGGUUCAGGUUAAGUCUUGACCAAGUCAUAGAUAUUUGAAGUAUCCUGAGAGAGCAGCCUAAGCAGGCAUCACAGCAGGAAAGUGAUUUUUCAGGAAUGUUAGCAUGGACCUCUCCUUGCCACCAUUGUUCAGUUGAGCAUAAAUUACCAUUAUUAAAGACAAGAGUUAAAAAGUUCUCUAAAGGAGUGUGGAAAAGUUCCCACCCAGAAGUUAGUUUUAUUAGGGCUCGUGACUUCCAUGUUGGGUUCCUUUGCAGCUUUUAACCAUUGGAAUUUUCUACUGUUAGGUUCCUUUCUCAAAAAUAUCUAUUUGGAAACACUGCCAUUCAAAUUGGUGCCGUGAUUACCCCCAUUGUUGAGUUUGUUGUUGCUGUUCAGGAAGUGUUCCCAUUUUACAGCUGUGCAAGCGCCCCUGGCAUAUCACUGACGCAAGUGAACAUUGGACAGCAUUGGGGAGGGCAUGGGGCUCACCAGCAGAGCUGGCCCGGCCGUCCGCGUCUGAAAGGCGUCACCUUUGGGGGCCAGGUGUGGAGUUGGCAAGCACAGUUAGGAAAACAUUGUAUCUAGCCUCCGUUCUGGGUGAUUUUAAGAAAUUUUGUAUAUGGAGGAUAGAAAUGCUUAUAUAUUUAUUGAAAAUCCUUUUAUGUUAUUUGAAAAUUAUUUGGUAAAUAAUUGUUUCAUAUUUGGGGAGGGUUUUGCAGGGAAGGUAAUGCCAUGAUAAAUUAUAAGCCUGUUGAUUGUGCGGAAAGGUACUGUCAGUGACUAAUUGGAUGCCUUUGUUUUGUACAUGAUCUUAAUCUUUGUUUUACAUUUCUUUAUCCAAAAUAUUUAGGCAUCUGACAUUUUCAACCAAAAUUUCAAUUAUAUACUGUGAUUUUUAUUUGUUUGCAAUACAUUAAAAUUUCAGAGGUACUCUGGGGUUCAAAAGCUCGGAUUUCUAAGUCAGUACAGUAUGUGCAUUUCACAUAAUAAAGCUGUUAAUGGUGAGCAAAGUAUUAUAUACUAACUAGAUUUUUCCACAUCUGUAUAGUAUAUUAUAUGUAUUUUGUGGUAUUGAGAUUAUAGAAAGUUUAGAGUGUCAAACGUGUUUAAUGUGUAUUUUUAAACAAAUUUAUGGCAAUUAAAAUAUUUGGAGACAAGGGUAUCACAUUUCAAUUUGUAAAAAUCUUUUUAACUCUACUGUGUCAUUAAGAUGCUUUGUAUAAUGCCAAACCAUAGCUGGAGAAACUAAGUUUAAUAAAUAUCAAAUAGAUUUUCUGUAUUAAA